AUGUCUUCCCGUUACGAUCGCGCUGUAACCAUUUUUUCACCUGACGGACACCUCCUCCAAGUUGAAUAUGCACAGGAAGCCGUAGGCAAAGGAACAACAGCUGUUGGCGUUCGUGGCGGUAACUGCGUUAUUCUGGGUGUGGAGAAGAAGACGGUGGGAAAACUUCAGGAGGAUCGUACGGUGCGUAAAAUAUGCUCCCUGGACCAGCAUGUUGUGAUGGCCUUUGCUGGCCUAACAGCCGAUGCACGCAUCCUUGUGAACCGUGCGCAGGUCGAGUGCCAGAGCCAUCGUCUGAAUGUCGAGGAUCCGGUUACUGUGGAGUACAUUACCAGGUUUAUCGCUAAGAUGAAACAGAAGUACACGCAGAGCAAUGGGCGCCGCCCGUUUGGCAUAUCGUGCCUUAUCGGUGGCUAUGACUCGGACGGCACAUCGCACUUAUUCCAAACUGAGCCUUCGGGCAUUUUCUACGAAUGGAAAGCCAAUGUUACGGGCCAUUCGUCGAAGGUCGUGCGCGAGUUUUUCGAGAAGAAUUAUAGCGACGAAAACGUAGCCACCGAGGAAGGAGCUGUUAAGCUCGCCAUCCGCGGUCUCCUCGAGGUGUCUCAAUACGGACAAAAUAAUUUGGAGAUAGCCAUAAUGGAAGACAAGAAACCGCUAAAAAUGUUGGAUCACAAAGUUAUUGCCGACUACGUGAGCAUUAUUGAAAAGGACAAGGAAGAGGAAAUCAAAAAGAAGCAGAAGAAGUAAAUGAUGAAGAAAUUGACAUGAGAAAACCUAAAGAAGAAAAUUAGGUUAAACAUUCCUAUCCUGAACCGACAUUAAACACCAAAUAGCAAUGGAUAAUCGAAAGAUUGAUACUCAUACAUCACACGUUUUUAUACAUUGUUGAUAUAUGUUUGAUUCAUGAUACAUAUAUGUACAACGCCGUAAACUCAUUAAACUCCAAAAUAUACUAUUCAA